AUGAUGGCGAGGAGGGCGCGGAAGUUGGAUUUAAGGGCGAUUGAGAAGAAGACUAAAGUGUUCCACGCAUCGAGACAAUUUCCCUGCGCUUCAGAAAUGAGCUCAUUGGAGGUGCUGCGCUGCACAGAGUGGGUGACCUGUUUCUUGCCCGAUGCUGAUCGACCCCGCGAUAGGAUCGACACUCUUCAAUCGAAGAAACCCAUCGUGAACGGAUGCGGACGUAAUCAAUUUGAUGCGCCGUUCGGCCGUCGUAAGAGUACCACGUUAGAAGAUGCCUUUUUGGAUGUUGAAAUCGCGUGUUGGUGA